CAACAAAUCACAAACUCCACUCCAUCCUUUUAUUAGUAUUUUUAUUGUGUUAUUUUGAUUGGGACCUCGCACAGGGUUUUAUCGCUGUUGGAGUUCCUGCUAGAUCUACGUGCAUCAUGGAGGUCUCGCUGGAGCAGGGCCUGGCAGACACGCCGGCGUACCGCGCGUCACUGUUGCGCGCAGAAGACACUUUGCAGGACUUUGUGACACGAAUGCGCUCGAUUGUCGCGGCAACCAACACGGCCUGCGACGCUGGCACAAAAUACUCCCAAGCAAGUACGCGCCUCGCAGAUGAGCUCGCCAACUUCACGGCAGAGCACCCAGGCCCGCUUGCUCCUCGCAAGUUUGGUGGCAGCGACUCUACAUCCACUGCAGAGUUGGGUGCAGCGGAUCAGGCCGUGGUCGAUCGCGUUGUCGGCUCGCUGAGCAACUUCGCCGACACUCUGGCUGGUCUGGAGCGGUACCGCGAGAUGCUGCACCUGCAGACAGCUGCUGUGCUGGCUGAGCCGAUCGAGAGCUUUGUUGCCAACGAGGUUGUCAUUCGGUCUCGACACAAGCGCCACAUUUUCGAGGAAUCUUCACGCACCGUGGAGCAGCGCCAGGCCCGCUACGCGGCGCUCGAUCGCAGCGCGGAUCGCACCGUCGUGGAAGACCACCGUACGCAAAUCCUGAACGCCAAGCAGGACUUUCAGCAAGUUUCCCUGGACUAUGCCGUGUCCAUCAACGAUGUCAUUCGCGUUCGCCACCUCCGCGUCCUUCAGGCCGUGCUCACCUUCAUGCAGGGCCAGUUUGCCUUCUUCCACCAAGCGCACGACCUCAUGAAAGACUUGCAGCCGGCCAUGGACGGUCUCUUCUCCUUUACCAACGAGCUUGAGCGCAGCUACCACGACGAUAAAGCCCGCCAAGAGGAGGAGCGGCGUGAGCUCAGCAACAAGGUCCGCUCUGCUCAGCUGGAGGAAAGCGAGAGUGGCGUCCCACCUUCUGCUUCAUGCACGGCAGCCGUUGACCCAGCAUCCAUCAUUCCCAGCGGAAAACGUGGCGGCCACAACGCGCCUCCGCCUCGCGUCGUGGCGGCGACCAACGGCCGCCCCAUCCUACAGCAAGGCUUCCUCUACAAAAAGUCUAAAAAGAGGAAGGGCGUGUGGAAACGAUGCUACUUUCUCUGCGACGGCUCACAGUUGCUCUAUCAACGAUUGGUCAGUCCGCAGCCGACCUCAUGGAUGAGCGCUUCGCUUUCGUACCUUCAGGCUGCCGCGUCUGGUUUCCGUGGUGGUGGUGGUGGUGGUGCGACGGCUUCUGGAGCCUCCUCCAAUGCGACCAGCGCGACGGGGCUCGCCACGCCUUCGUCCACCAGCAACGCUACCUUCAGCUCAAACCCAAGCGGAGCCAGUGGAGGGGAGCCAGUGCAAGGAGGAACAGCAGCAGGGGGUGGUAUUUCAUCGCCAUUCAAAGCGGGCCGUGCGGGUCAGUCGGCUACUGGCACGUUGGGAAGCACUUCUGGAGCGACCUCGUCGGCAAGCGACGACGCCAGUGAUCUGGGCGCACAUGUGCGGGGCUUUAGCCCGCUCAUUUCACUCGCAAUGUUGCAGACUUGCAUGGUUCGGGCGUUCGUGGGCGAAGAUGCAGCGAUUGAUCACCGCUCGCACGUGUUUGAGCUUGUGUCACCCAAGCGCACGCUGCUGUUGCAAGCGGCAAGCGAAGAGGAGCGCCUUGCUUGGAUUGCUGCGUUGCAACAGGGCAUUGCAACAAGUUUGGGUCUGGGCACCUCUUCCCACGUUGCCGCUCCUCCUGCCAACCCAACCCCACCUUUGACAUUGCCCCCAUCGGCCUCCUCCACAGCAGCGCAGUCGACUGCAACGGCGGCAGAUUCAACCGGAGACGCCGCCCUAGCUGCAGCCAGCCAGCCUGGCGGCAGCGCUAGCGUGUCCUUGGGAGGCUCGCACGACUUGCUGCCUCAAGCAGGGGACAGCGACGAUGCCGAUGACGUUCUUUCUGGCGAAGAGGACGGUGGCCCGCGGUCCCCUUUGCCGCUCAAGCUCGUGCCAACGUUGUCCAGCGCCGAGAUUGAAACACUGCGACAAGAACUGGAGCAUUUUGCCGACAACCAAGCGUGCGCCGACUGUGGUGCUGCUGCACCGACCUGGGCCAGCAUCAACCUGGGCAUUGCCGUUUGCAUCGAAUGCUCUGGUAUUCACCGCAAGAUGGGGGUGCACAUUUCCAAAGUGCGCUCGCUGACCCUGGACAAGUGGGAUCCUGCACUCUUGCAGAUGAUGAAGAGCAUCGGCAAUGUCGUCUCCAAUCGUGUUUACGAAGCCUCCUUGCGCAGCUCGGACAAUCCGCCCGCCUCGGAUGCUGGAUCCGCUGCCACACCCAGAAAGCCCUCCCCGACUUCUUCCAUGGCGGAGCGCGAGGCGUUUAUUCGUGCCAAGUACGAGGCAAAGCUCUUUGUCGCUCCUGCUGCCAUAGCUGGCAGCGACAGCGCUGACGGGCUUUCGCUGGAGCAGCAGCUUGCCACAGCUUGCGUACAACAUGACAUGCAGGCUAUUGUUCGUCUUGUCGCUGAAGGGGCAGACGUGAACGCAAAAGCCGCGAUCGAUGAGGAUAGCCAGGUGGUCGCUUCCCGAAGCAAGCGAGUGUCUGACACGUCUGCAUCUGGCUCCUCGGCCCCUAUUGCAGCCGUUGGUUCCAUGUCGAGUUUGAGUGAGCAAAACGAACACACCGACGAGUCUGGUGCGACCGACAACGAACCGGCCGCCACCCCACGCUCCCCAUCGCCCGAGUCUCCACGCUCACCGUCGCCUGAGUCUCCAGGCCCGGUCGACGAUGCGUUGGCACCUCUGAACGCCCAGCCAGGCUUGCGUCGAGUAUCGAGCCAGCGGGGUACCAGCUACAGUACUUCAUCCGAUUCUUCCAUCAACAGAUCAACUCGUGUCAGUGCUACGCCCAGCACCGACACUAGCAGUGCCGGUUUAACACCCCUCCAGCGCAUCGUGAUGAAUCAAUGGAUGGAGGCGGCUGUCUAUUUGCUCCAGCACUCUGCCGACCCCGAUGCCGGCGAUUCCUACAAUGUCUCGCCGCGCUUGUUGUGUCAGACUCUUGCUCUUGACAACUUGCUUCGUAUCUUCCAAGUCUUUGCAUCGGCCAAACCGCCCGCUUCUGCGGCCAGUAGUGCCACCGCGACACCGCAGUCGCGCUCGGAUUACGUGUACGUCACUGGCUGGCUCAAGAAGCAAGGUGGUACCAUUCGUAGUUGGCGCAACCGCUUUAUGAUUCUGCGUGGCAACACUCUAUUCUACUUUAAAGCGCGAGAGGAUGGCAUCUUCCAAGGCGAUGUUGCUCCCAAAGCACUCGGCCGUGUCAAGCUCCCCACAUACUCCAUCCACGAAGCACCAGCAGAGACGAAUCAUGCGUUCGGCUUCAAGGCCAUGCAUGCAACUCAGCGCACAUACUACUUUAUUGCCGAGAGUGCUGCCGAGAUGGCGCGGUGGAUGGAUGCCAUGCGCACCGCAUCCCAAAGUGCUGCUUGACGAGUGUGGCAGAGAGUACGAUUGGGUUUUUCGUUGGUUCUUUUUUUUUUUGUCCUUCUUUUCGGCUUUCUCGUUGUCUUUGCUCCUACUAUAUCCAUAGCGGGGCCAGUUGAUGUGUUUCCACGUGUUUCCACGUUCCUCCUCUUUUGUGACAAAUCAAGAUUUACUGUACGUUGAAUUUUCUGAAGAGAAAAAGCAAAUUUAUUGUUUGAAAAAGAAAAAAAAAACCACAACAAC